CCUUGAAAAUAAGAAGAAGAAGAACAGAUGUAAACAAAACACAGCGUUUGUGGGAAAUACUUAGAGUUUCUACAAUUUAUUGAAAUAAAUCCGAUAAAACGCCGACUUUUUAAGCAAAAUGGGUAAAAGACAGCAUCAGAAAGAUAAAAUGUACCUCACGUACACCGAAUGGUCGGAAUUGUAUGGUGGGAAGAAAUUCGAAUCGGCCGAAAAUGAACAUGUCAAAUUUAAACGUUUACCCUACGAUUGUUGUUGCAUUACCCUGGUGCCUUUUGAAAUUCCCUACUGCGACGAAGAGGGCAAUGUGUUUGAGCUGCAGGCCAUACAUGAUUUCAUUAAAAAAUUCAAACUGAAUCCAGUCACAGGAAAGUCAUUGGAUGCCAAGGCAUUGGUAAAAUUGAACUUCCACAAAAAUGCUGAAGAUGAAUAUCAUUGCCCCGCCUUGUUUAAGCCAUUUACCAAAAAUUCACACAUUGUGGCAUUGAAAACUACGGGCAAUGUCUACUCAUGGGAGGCCAUAGAACAGUUAAACAUAAAAGCAAAGAAUUGGAAAGAUUUAAUCGAUGAUACACCAUUCCAACGUAAAGACAUUAUCACCAUACAAGAUCCACAGCAUUUAGAGAAAUUUGAUAUAUCUCGAUUUUAUUAUAUCAAAAAGAAUUUGCGUGUUCUAACCGAAGAGGAAGAGUUGGAGCGCAAUGAUCCCACAAAGAAAAUUAAGACCAUGAAUUUGGAAACUCGCGAAACGUUGGAACAAUUGGAAAGGGAUUACAAAGAGAAAGAGGUCCAAGCCACAACCUCCAAACAGACUGCAGAUAAAUUUAAUGCUGCUCACUAUUCAACGGGAGCGGUGGCGGCCAGUUUUACCUCAACAGCCAUGGCAGUGGAAGUAAACCAUGAGGCUGCCAUAAUCGACGAAGAUUUGGUUUUGUACGAUCGUGUCAAGAAGAAGGGUUAUGUCCGUUUGAGUACCAAUCUGGGACCCUUGAAUUUGGAAUUGUAUUGUGAUCAAGUGCCAAAAACAUGUCACAAUUUCAUGCGGCAUUGUUCGGAUGGUUAUUAUACGGGAACUUUGUUUCAUCGUUCCAUAAGAAAUUUUAUGGUACAAGGUGGUGAUCCAACGGGCAAGGGUACAGGGGGCACAUCGAUUUGGGGCAAAAAGUUUGAUGAUGAAUUUAAGCCCAAUUUAACGCAUUCGGGUAGGGGCAUGCUUUCAAUGGCCAACUCAGGACCCAAUACCAAUGGAUCACAGUUCUUCAUAACCUAUCGCUCCUGCAAGCAUUUAGAUGGCAAACACACGGUCUUUGGCAAAGUGGUUGGGGGCUUGGAGACCCUACAAAAAAUGGAACAAAUCGAGGUGGACAACAAAGAUCGUCCAAUUGAGGAUAUAAUAAUUGAAUCCAUACAAGUUUAUGUUGAUCCCUUCAAAGAGGCUGAAGAACAGCUGGCCGAAGAAAGAGCCCAAGAAGUUGAAAAACAACAACAAGAAAAGCAAGAAGAACAGACAAAGAAACGCAUGAAAGAACCUUUAAAGGUCUAUCGUCAGGGAGUGGGCAAAUACCUCAAUAUUCAGGCAACCAAACAAACACAAAAAGAAGAAACAACACCCAGUCUCUUUGGCGGUGGUGUGGUGAGGAAAAAAGCCACAGGCAAAGCAGGAUUCGGAGACUUCUCAUCUUGGUAAAGAUUGUAUUAAGCUGGAUGCUGGAUGCAUAUAUGCUGGCAAGAUGCUAAAGAAACACUGGAGACUAUUGUGCUUUAUGUUUUGUUGUAAAUGCAAUCAUUUCUAUAUAUUAUUAAAGUCAAACAAAUAAAGUGAGCAUUAUUCCAAUUAAAACAUCCAA